AGCUCCGAGCCACGAGCCCCUCCCGCUGUAGACAUUCCAAAGACGGAGCGCUCGAGCCUGCAGUCCCAGGAGCAGCUAGCGGGUACACAGAGAAGUAAAUAGACAUACUGACACUGGUCAUGGCUGAGUCGUUCAUGCAGCGCUUUGACAAGUUUCUCAAGGAGAAAAACCUGCUUGCAGAUACCUUGGGGAAAAUUGAGAGCAAGACAGGAGUGAACAGACGUUACAUUGCGCUGGCUGUCAUUGCAAGCAUUUCCAUUUACCUGGUGAUCGGUUAUGCAGCAUCUUUACUUUGCAAUUUGAUCGGAUUCGUUUACCCUGCUUAUAUCUCAAUCAAGGCCAUUGAAAGCCCUGAUAAAGAUGACGAUACAAUAUGGCUGAUGUACUGGGUAGUAUAUGGUCUUUUCAGUGUAGCUGAAUUCUUUUCUGAUAUCUUCUUUUCCUGGUUUCCCUUCUAUUAUAUGUUCAAGUGUGUGUUCCUGGUUUGGUGUAUGGCUCCCAUCACAAAUAAUGGCUCUCAAAUGAUCUACAAGCGUUUCAUUCGCCCUUUCUUUCUGAAACAUGAGGCUAAAUUGGAUGAAGUUAUGAAGAAUAUUGGUGAUCGGGCCUCAGAAGCUGCAGAUACUAUAAAAGAAAAUGCCAAAAAAGCAACAGCAAACGUAUUCUUUGAAGAGAAGAAGAGUACUUAAUCAAUGACUGAAAAAGCUCCCUGGAAUCAAGAGUGUUAAGAUAUUGCCUUUGGAAAUUUUUUUUUCAAUGCACACUUUAAAUGUAUUUCUUAUAACCUAUUUGCUCAAUUUUAUCAAAUCAAAGUGGAAAAAUGUAUGGUACUCAAAUGUAAUAUUACAGUCAGUGUUUAAUUGCUUGAUGCAAAUAUUUCAUGGAAUAUUGCUAAUGAUGCAGAUGCAGUUUUGAGUGGUAUUUUUCUGGUUUGUCUUGUCCUUUUAUUGUCUGAUAAAUGUUCAAUAAACUUAUAAACUUGA